CGGCGCUCAGUCAGCAGCCGAACACCGCGCGAAGCAGCUGCCUGUCUCGGUGACUGAUCUGGUGACGACGUCAGGGAGCCUUUCUGUUGUAAAUGCUGUUGGUUUUUGCCGCCGUCGUGGCCGUUGCCAGGGCCGGUAUCUACGGCGCUCCUGCCGUCGUGUCCCCAGGAGUCCCUCUCACGAGGGCAAUUGCCGCCCCCGUUGCUUACGCCACUCCGGAGAGCCGAAGCGGAGACGUCGUCCAGGGCAGCUACAGCCUGGUGGAGCCUGAUGGCACCCGUCGUACCGUCGAGUACACCGCUGACCCCGUCAACGGAUUCAACGCCGUCGUACACCGUGAGCCCGCUGUGGUCGCUAAGGCUGUUGCCCCCGCUGUAGUUGCCGCCCCCGCCGUCGCUAAGAUCGCUGCUCCUGUCGCUUAUGCAGCUCCCGUUGCCCGUGUUGCUGCUCCUCUGGCAGUUGCCGCUCCCAUUGCUCGCUACGCAGCUGCCGCUCCGGCUUUGAGCUACAGCGCCCCCAUCGCAAGAGCUUCAAUUGCCGGCCCAGCUUUGAGCUACGGCGCCCCCAUCGCCAGUGCUGCAUAUGCCACCCCAUCUUUGAGCUACGGCGCCCCCAUCGCCAGAGCUGCAAUUGCUGGCCCAGCUUUCAGCUACGGCGCCCCCAUCGCCAGUGCUGCAUAUGCCACCCCAUCUUUGAGCUACGGCGCCCCCAUCGCCAGAGCUGCAUAUGCCACCCCAUCUUUGAGCUACGGCGCCCCCAUCGCCAGAGCUGCAUAUGCCGCCCCAUCUUUGAGCUACGGGGCCCCCAUCGCCAAGGCUGCAUAUGCUGCCCCCGCUUUGAGCUACGGCGCUGGCUACAUCGGCAACGCUGUGCACACCGCCUACACCGGACCUUGGAGACGUCGUCCAGGGCAGCUACAGCCUGGUGGAGCCUGACGGCACCCGUCGUACCGUCGAGUACACCGCUGACCCCGUCAACGGAUUCAACGCCGUCGUACACCGUGAGCCCGCUGUGGUCGCUAAGGCUGUUGCCCCCGCUGUAGUUGCCGCCCCCGCCGUCGCUAAGAUCGCUGCUCC